AUGAAUUUUGAAUCUUCGACAAGUGGUACUACUGAUAGUCAACAGAUUAUAUUAAUUGAUACAAAUUCAGAUUCUUUAGCAAGCAAUAUGUCUAACAAUCAGCAAAUACCAAGAGGGUAUCCAAAAGAUGUAGUGUGGGAGUAUUUUACAAAAGGUUCAGCUGCUGAUAAAUAUGGACAUUAUGGAGCAACUUGUCAAUAUUGUGGACAAUACUGGUUAAGAGAAAAACCAAAAAUAAUGGAAAGCUAUCUUGUACUAUAUUGCGAAAAAGUUUCAAAUAAUGUUAAUACUAUAUUUCUUUGUAAAGUUGCUGAAAGAGCUGAAAGAUCACAAGAUGAUACUUUUACUUGUUGUGAUAUUCUGUGGGCUGUAAUUGUUAAUCCUUUUUUUGUGGAUUUGCUCAAAAUAUCAGAACCUGGUUAUACUCCUCCAAGUCGAAAUACUUUAUCAGGCCAUCUAUUAGAUAAAGAGCUUGCAACUAUUUCA